CGUGAGCUGGGGCGCCAGGAUGUCCCCACAGCCUUAGGCUUCUACGGUCCCAUCACUGUUGGCCUGAUGCAUGGGGUCCCAAUGCAGCACCUGGAGGUGCUAGGUCCGCUUUGUUGAGAGAAUAAGUGAAGAGCCGAGUCCGCUCGAAGGGGUCCUGAGAUGGUGCUGGGACAGACCCUGACAGUCCCGGGGGAGCUGUACCCCAGGAAAUACUGUUUGAUGCUGAAUCUGCUGGUGCUGGCGCUGCCCCUCCUGGUGAGCCUGGUCCACACGGCCCCCGCCCCAGGCCAGGCCCUGGAGCGAGCAGGCAUCGUGGGCGGAAAGGAAGCCCCUGGGCACAAGUGGCCCUGGCAGGUGAGCCUGAGAUGCCUCGACCAAUACUGGAAGCACUUCUGCGGGGGCUCCCUGAUCCACCCCCAGUGGGUGCUGACCGCGGCGCACUGCUUUGGACCGGAAAAGGCUGACCCCUUGUACAUCAGGGUCCAGCUGGGGGAGCAGCACCUCUAUUACCAGGACCGGCUGCUGCUGGUCAGCCGGAUCAUCGUCCACCCCAACUACUAUGACGAGGUCAACGGAGCGGACAUCGCCCUGCUGGAGCUCGAGGACCCCGUGAACCUCUCCAGCCACGUCCAGCCGGUCACCCUGCCCCCGGCCUCGGAGACCUUCCCCAAGGGGACACGGUGCUGGGUGACAGGCUGGGGCGACGUGCACAGUGGUUGGCCCCUGCCACCGCCGUAUCCUCUGAAGCAGGUGAGGGUCCCCAUUGUGGAAAACAGCGAAUGCGACAUGCAGUACCACCUCGGCCUGUCCACAGGGGACAACAUCCCGAUUGUCCGCGACGACAUGCUGUGCGCCGGCAGCGAAGGGCACGACUCCUGCCAGGGUGACUCCGGGGGGCCCCUGGUCUGCAGGGUGAAUGGCACCUGGCUGCAGGCGGGCGUGGUCAGCUGGGGCGAGGGCUGCGCUCUGCCCAACCGGCCUGGCAUCUACACCCGCGUCACCCACUACUUGGACUGGAUCCACCAGUGUGUCCCCAGGGAGUCCUGAGCCUGGUCCCUGGGUCUGCAAAGCCAGUCACCUCCUGCCCCCACACCACUGCUUCCUGCCGAGGUGGCUCCUCCUGCACCGUGCCUGGCCCCCCACCCUGAGUCCCCCUCCCACCGAGUGCCCCCUGCCCUGAGCCCCCCCCCUUGCCCUGAGCCCCCACACGUCUCGUCCCAGGGAGCGGGCCGUCAGCACGAUCACUCAUUAAAGAGCAUGGAAAGCA